UGUGCUCCUGUAAAUAAAACACAUUAUUUUACGCUAAAAUUUGUUCUUGUCUUUUUUCCAAUGGAAUUAAAUCGCGCGGCGCACGAAUCCUUUAAUCCCGCUAUCCUGUUGAUUUGAAAGAUACGCCUGAUUGUUUUUGUUUGUUAUUGGACGUCGGAGGUGGGAUUUUGUUAGUUAGAGACCUGCUGCCGUCGAUGCUAAUUGUUCAUCAUGAUUCGACGACUUUUUGUGAAAAUUUUAUUACUUUGCGGCGUUGUGAUGGCAGCAUUAAAUCAGGAUGAAUUGGUGGUGAGAAUUGUUGGAGGAAUUGAAGAGGCGAAAAGAUUAGCUGCUGAAACGGAGCAUGUAUUUAAAGGACCUGUGCUUGGAUUUAAAGAUACUUACGUUUUUAUUCCGAUUGACAAUGUUUAUCGUAAUUAUCGCAAAAGAGGAAUGGAAUUACAUAAAAGAUUAUCGCAAGAUAAUAGGGUUCUGUGGGCAGACGUUCAAAUGAAAAAAGAAAGACAGAAAAGAGACUUGUUACACUAUUUUCUUGAUGAUUCUGAUAAAAUUAAGCUUCAAAUACAUAAGAAGCCUCUUUAUCCUAAAGGCAAACCGUUUAAUGACGAAUUAUGGACACAAGAAUGGUACCUGCAAGACACCAGAACUGAGCCGGAUUUACCAAAAUUAGAUUUGAACGUUCUGCCUUUAUACAAAAAUGGUAUAACAGGCAAAGGAAUAAGAAUCAGUAUUCUCGACGAUGGUAUCGAAUACACUCAUGACGAUUUAAGAGCUAAUUAUGAUCCAAAAAUUAGUUACGACUGUAACGAUGAAGACCACGAUCCUCUUCCACGUUACGACCAUUCGCGGUUCAAUAGUCAUGGUACUCGUUGUGCUGGUGAAGUCGCAAUGACUGCAGAUAAUGGAAAAUGUGGCGUUGGAAUAGCUUAUAACGCAAAAAUCGGAGGAAUUAAACUAUUGGACGGAAUCGUAACCGAUCGAAUAGAAGGCACUGCCCUUGGGUAUGCAUACCAUUUGGUAGAUAUUUACAGUGCUUCCUGGGGGCCUAAUGAUGAUGGGAAGACAGUGGAUGGGCCUGGAAGGCUAGCCGCUGAAGCUUUGCGAAGAGGAGUCAACAAAGGACGAAACGGCAAGGGAAAUAUCUUUGUUUGGGCUUCGGGAAAUGGAGGUAAUAAGGGCGAUAAUUGCAAUUGUGACGGAUAUUUGGCUAGUCCUUAUACAAUUUCGAUUGGGAGUGCGUCACAGAAAGGGGAAUUUCCGUGGUAUGGUGAAGAGUGCGCUUCGACUUUAGCCGUCACUUACUCGUCUGGAGCCUACAAAGAUCAAAUGAUUGCAACGACAGAUCUACACAACGAGUGCACAAUCAGACACACUGGAACUUCAGCUUCGGCUCCGUUGGCUGCCGGAAUUAUAGCUUUGGCACUCGAAGCCAAUCCCGAUCUGACUUGGCGCGAUGUUCAACAUUUGAUUGUCUGGUCAUCCGAAAUCGCUCCUCUUAUACAAAAUCCUGGUUGGCAAAAAAAUGCAGCUGGUUUUUAUUUCAAUACGAGGUUUGGCUUUGGUUUAAUGAACGCUUUCGGUUUGGUUAAAGCUGCAGUUAAUUGGACAACGGUGCCAGAAAAACGGAUUUGUGCAGUAACUGCACCUGUUCGGCUUAAUCAAACUAUUGUAUAUGGGGAACCUACUGUUUUAAAAAUAUUUACAAAAGGUUGUGGCAACAGUAAAAAUCGUGUUCGAUUUUUGGAACAUGUGGAAUUGCGAACGACUAUCGAAUAUCCAAUUCGGGGCGUUUUGGAAAUCUUUCUUAUAUCUCCGUCCGGAAGUAAAGUUCAAAUGUUGGCAAGAAGAGAAUUUGAUAAAUCGUCCAACGGUUUCAAAAAUUGGAGCUUUAUGUCGGUAAUGACGUGGGGAGAAAGGGUGGAAGGCUUAUGGACUGUUAGCAUUUCGGAUCAAGUUGGACCUGAAGGAAAUAACGGAGUUGUUACGGAAGCUGUGUUAAUUUUUCACGGAACCGAACAAAUUCCGAGUUACAUGAAACAAGGGCCUCGAAAUUAUAAUCUUAAUUACAACAAGGUUUACAAUACUGCUAAUAAGAUUUUUGGAUCUGGAGAAUCGAAUUAUGAUGACGCUUAUUCAAAUCUUAUAUAAGAAUAAUAAAACACUAAUAAAAAUAUUUCUGUUUU